AUGAAUAUAAAAGUUAACUGCUUUUUGUGCAUGUCGAAGGUUGAGAGUGCGAGAGGGGAUGUAUCAAAAUCCAUCGAGUGUUGCAUGAUGGAAGAGCAAGUAUCAGAAGAAGAAGCAGCAAGUCACAUUAAGAGGCUAAUAAGCUCGUCGUGGAAAUGUCUAAACGAGACAAUUGUAAGCAAAUCACAACCCCUAUCCGUUUUGAGGAUGUCAUUGAACAUGGCAAGGACUACUCAUUGUGUCUUCCAACAUGGAGAUGGUAUUGGUACCUCAAUUGGGGAGACAAAAGACAUUUUAACCUCACUAAUUGUCACACCCAUUCCGAUUGAGUAG